AUGUCCACCUCAGUAGAAGACGAACUUCAAACCUUGUACGACAACCUCCAACAGAUUCGUCUCGUCAACUACGUUACAUUAUCUUGUACGGCAUUCCUCGUCUACGACAUCCUAACCAACCUCGACAGAGAGAUUCCCUUUAUCUGGAGAUAUUACCGUAACACUGAAGAGGAGCACCUGUCUUGGCGUGGCAGAGCUCGUCGCAUGCUUGUUCAAACACUUUUUAUUUUUGGCCGUUACUAUGCUCCUCUUUACCUUGUGGGAUUUUUUACUGGUACAGUGUCCAUCGUCUUUCUUGCACUGUAUCUCACUAUCUCACUAUUCAAUGGAAUGCUAGUGAACAACUGCCAGGGCCUCUCAGUACCUUUUGGAGGAGAAGUAUUGUACUCGGCGCUCGUCAACAUUAUCCUGGUGAUCCGUCUUAAUGCUAUGUAUCAAAUCUUUCAUGGCACGACGGGAUUACGAAAACACCAAGUUUUUCUUGCCUCUGUAGUCAUCAUUCAAAUUUUGAUCGAAUUCAUCGUAUGCGCUAUACUGGCCACAUGGAUGGAGAAAAGGGUGGUUGAGCCUCCAGCCGGAAUUCCCUGGCAAGGUUGCAUGCUUAGCGAAGAUGCAAACCCUGCGUUGUCACUCCCGGCCUGGGAUUUCACGAUCUCCAAUAUUAAGGAAGAAAUCCGGAACGUUCAGCCAAUAACGCUAACUUUGGUCAGAGAUAGCGUGCUUUUCUAUUUCCCUAUGUUUGGUAAGCCUACGAAUGUGCUGUGUGCUUCAAAUAGAGAACUAACCGCAUACCUCCUGAACCUAGGAAUAUUGGUUUCCACCGUUCCGCUCAUCGCUCUCUAUCGCACGACUAUUGUCACCGUCACUGCUCCGAUAAUUAUAGCCAUCUACUCUUUCUGUGCCUCGCGACUGAUAAUUCACACCCGAGAAAGUUUCACCCGACCAUCCCACGACGCGCCGAGUCGAGAGAUAGAGCCGAUCAACUUUGCGUCCCGCUCGCUGAUGGCGUCGCAUGCGAGCACGCACGCAUGA